AUGUGGGAACGUGUGCAGAAUAAGUAUCAUGAAGCUCAAAAAGAAAAUCCAGAUGAGAUCGGCCCAAGGAAUAUCGAAUCAAUGAAAGGUCGUUUUAAACGACUUAAUGAAAAUGCAAACAAGUGGAUUGCUGCUUGCAAAGAAGCAGAUGCUAGAAAAAGAAGUGGAAUGAGCCAGAAAGAUAUAGAGAUGGAAGCUCACUCAAUUUAUGAAGCAGGUGGCAGUAAAUUCCAAGACUUGGUUGUUUUCAAUAAUGUUAUGAGUAAACAUCCGAAGUGGAACUUAGCAAUCAAUGAAGUGGGUGAUGAUCAAGAAAGUGGUGGCAGCACAAAAAGGUCUAAAACUUCUGAAGAUGGUGAUUACUUUAUCCCGUCCAAUCCAGAAACUCCAACUACUGGCGGAUCUACUAUGUCUCGUCCUACAGGUAGAGAUAAAGCUAAAAUUGAAUUGGAACGUGAAAAGCUUAAAAUGAAUUCUCUGAAGAUGGAAAAGAAAAUGUUGGUCGCAUUGUUGGCGAAGGACCAUUUGUCUGCAGAAGAGGAAGAGAUGGAAAGCCACCUCAUUGCCAUUUUAUUUGCGAAGUAG